AUGUUCGCUGUACACGUUGGCAAUGGUGUCAUAAAAAAUUCAGACUCACUUGAAAAUUGGCCUUCCACAACCGGGCCGUACGCGCACGUCGUACGUGUUUAAGCACUCAUAACAGCAUGCGCAAUAUUGCAACGUAAUAUUAUUUGAGUCUUUUUUUUUUUGAGUCGCACAUUCAUGCUACACCGUUGGCGCGAAAAUUUAGUCCUGAGCUGACAAUAAUGACAUGGCUGAGUGACCAGGUGAGGUAGGUACGUGACGGUCACUCCAGUUUCACUCAGAUUUUUUUUUUUAAUUAAAGUUUGUGCAUGAUAUAAAUUCCUACUGAUAUUCAGCUUAUGAACUUGGGACAGUAGGUAUGGAUUCGCAUGAUCCAGAUGAUGACAAAGCAGCCAGUAGCAGUGGAGGCCACGGACACGAUGGAGGUCAUGGAGCAAAAAGAAAAAAGGGUUUCUUCUUGCCACCAAAGAGAAAGACAUUGUGUAAAAGUACGAGACCUUCUACACAAACUAGUGAACGUCGUACAAAGACGAAGUACAGAAACAGAAGACAUAAUCCUGCAGACGGAAGAGGUGCACAGAAGACUGGACAAGAUGAACAGUAUGCAGCCAACGUUGAUUUGAGUCAAGGUUACGAAAUGUUGCAGGCAUCUUUAGAGGAUCUUAUUCGAGACACUUGUCCUCAGACUGACGAAGCAUCAUCCUCCAGAUCAAGCUGGUCCUCUCGAAUGGAAGCCGUUGAGGGGAAUUGGAAGGGCAUUCGGCCGCUAAUUUUCCAACAUGUUUUGGAAAGCCAGGCAGUUCCCAUUGAACCUGAAUGUCAGAGAUGUGAAAACAACCAGGCAACAGUGAGGUGCACAGACUGCCCAGUUCCUGUGCUGUGUUCCAAAUGCGAUGUUGAGUUGCACACUUGCAAACCGUUCCAUCACAGAGAGAUGUGGAUGAAGUCCUACUUUGAGAGGAUUCCGCCUUGUCAAACAGUGGUGAUUGGUGACAGUGGUCAACAUUUGCAGAGCUUUGAUCAAUAUUUCCCUGUGAAAUUCCCAAGAAGAUGUCAAAAGUGUUCUGAGGAUCAGUUUGAAACAUCUCCAACUGCAAAUGGAAGUCGGUAUAUUGUGUUGACUCUUCAAGGAAGAUAUGACCUCAGGAAACACCAAGUUAGGUGUUCUUUGUGUGGAUUCAUCGACGCAAACAGUGAGGUCAGUGACAUCAUAGCCAAUGGAUUCUUUCCAGGCAAUCCCAAAAACAUUGGCACCAUUGUGGAGGUGAAGCUGCUGAGAUGGAUUGAUCUAAUUAUGAGUAACAUGCCUGGCACUUCUCUCUCAGCUUUUGCAAAGGUGAUUGAGGACAUCAGCAUAGAGGAAACAAGCAUUAACCGCACAAUGCUUUCAAGAUGUUUGUCGGAGUACAGAUACUGUGAAAGGGAACUUGCUCUGUGUCAAGGACUUGAUGACAUGAAAUGUCCUCCUUGCGCUAUAAAACAACAUUCAGCACACGUGGAUGGAAACUUCAAGGUGUACAGAUAUAGCAAAGUACCGAAAGGCAUUCAGAAACCAUACUUCAGCGGUACAUUCAUUGAGAAGGAUUCAGAUGUUUCACAUCACAUGGACAAAGUUUACACGUAUCGGCAAAAGAAAAACAAGAGGGACAAGGAGGAGGAUCAUAACAGCAUGUGCGGCAAGACUACCUGGAAAGCUGCAAGAGUAGAAAGCAAAUCAAGGUCAAAGCUAGAUGAAGCUGGCCUUGACGUGGCGGGCUGUCGGCACAGCAUUGCCCAAAAAGCUGUGAAUAUGUUCACUGGGGAAAAGUAUGGAUAUCCCCACUAUUUGCAUGUCCACUUCCUGCUCCCCAAGCAGGUUACUUUCUUGUGGCUUGAUGUGGCAUGCAAAUACUUUCCAUGGGCUAGACAGGAGGAAAUUACCCAGCUUGACCCCUCAUACAAAACAGCGGUGACCGACAUCAAACCAGCUUUGUCAGUGAUGCAUGCAAAGGCUCACAGCUGGGAUUGCCAGGUCCUUUGGGGUGGAAGAAACCAAGAUGGAGCUGGUGCAGGUGCAGGUGAAGACAUGGAACUAUUCUUCAGCUACCUGUCACGCUGUGGUUCCACAACCAAAAACAUGGGAAAAGCAAAUCGAGAAGAUACACUGACAUCACAUGUCCUUUUUUGGAAUUCCAAAAAAGUAGAAGGACUGGCUAGACAGUUGUGCAAGAGAUAUGAAGUGGCUCAGAAAAUGAUAUCAAGUACUGACACUGACUUGAUGAGCCUUUUGGACAAAGUGCAAGCUGACUACAGUAAUCUCGGUGAAUGGAUGAGAGAAAUAAGAGCAUGUGCAAAAGAUGCACAGAGCAACACAAUGCCCCAUGCACCCGAUGCUGAGUUGGAGCGCUUUUUUCAGUUAAAACAGAAGCUCCGAGAAAUUGCUCCCCUGCAAGAAUACACAGACAUUUCAAGUCAGCCCAUCAGCUUGUUGCUCGACAGUACUGACUUGUACUCAGAGGCCACUAAGUUAACCGGCAAAGCAGUCAACAUCUUGAAGGAAUUGGAAGAGACACAUACAAUAUUACAUGAGCUGUAUGGCGUUCCAGAAGAAGAACUCUACCAGAUGGGUCGCACUGCAGCCAUCGAGCACCAAGUGGCAGUGCUCCAAGACCAGGUGGAGCUGCAUUGCCAGCAAAUCAAAAGGAGAGACUUGGAAAUAACCAAGUUUGCGGAUUCUUCUAAGAUCCGCAAAAACUUGCGACAAAAAAAUCUUGAGGAAAAGAAGAAACUUGCAGUGCUGGUCGAUAAGUUAAACUCCAUCCAAAACAUGAAGGCCAGUGACGUUGUUGAUGCGAGUGUAGCGGAUGCACUAGCUGGAAAUUUCCCUUGGCAGAGAGGAACCAAGGUUUCAUGGAACCUCAAGAAGACUGCAGUGGAUCUAUGGAUGCUGUCCCAAAGGAACCACGAGGAGGUCGUUCUUCUUAAGAACGAGAUGAAAAACUACCUGCUGUAUUUCCAACGACUCAUUGGGGAAAUGGAACAGAAUACAGCAGAAACUGAGACGUCAGAUGUGGCUCUGGUGCAGCCAUGGUUUGAAGUGGAAGAUGAUCAGGAAACGGAUUGGAAAUAUAAGGCCCAGACCAGAUCAGUGGGUGUGGAGCACGGUUUGAUGGCUCUCCGAAGAAGAGGAGCAGCACAUGCAAGACGUCUUCUACAAAGGGGAUCAAGACUCUUCCAAAAAGUCCUUGUGGGAGAUGUCAUAGCACCAAUUGAAGACGACUGGAUGGGUGCUAUGAAGUUAGACGACAAGGAGUUGUCAGACAUGGAUUCAGAUUUGGAGUAGAGUAUGUGUUUGUUUUUUUCUUCUCAGUUCUGGUAACACUUCAAGCUGUUGUGUUAAAAACCCUAGGUAGAUGAAGUUAAUUUAUGACAAAAUGCAACAUUUUAUUCUCGGUAAUAUGACACACACAAAGGUACAGGAUUUUGGUUUGAAACGUCAAGAUAGCACAUUUUAGAAAGAGUUAAGGAUGUUUUUAGUUUGUUGGGGAUUUUUUUCGGCUUUUUAGUGGUAUAUUGUUUAGUGGUGGCAUCUCUGAGUUAAGUUUGAGUAUGACUAUGAGAGGGGGUUUGAAUGCUGUUGUCCAAAAAUUGGUCAUUCACGUCGUCAUACCUUAGGGCCCUGUCACAAUUCUGCGUAUCCUAAUUCCUUAUGAGUUGCGCAUUGACAUUUUUUUCAUACGCAGUCGA